GCCCCGUGGGACUUCAUUCAGAGCCGGCUUCCACAGCAGAUGCAGCAGACGGCGGGCGCCGUGGGACUUUAUCCAGAGCCGGCUUCGGCAGCAGAUGCAGCAGACGGCGGGGCGCCCCGUGGGACUUCAUUCAGAGCCGGCUUCCGCAGCAGAUGCAGCAGAAGGCCCAGACCCGAGGGACAUUAUCUCAGACCCCGGCCGCCAUGGACUCCCGCUGUCUGGCAUCGAUAUGGUACGGAUUGCCUCGCGGUUGCGGCGACAUGCAGAUAGGAUUUCCCAGGAUGCCGUCUUUCUCGAAGUGUUGGACCUUGCUCUGUGUGCAUGGAUGCAUCGAGUCCAGUUGCAGCUCUACUUGAACUUGGAGCCCGAAGUCCAGAUGUGCGGCGUUGCUGAGUUCCUGCGAAGUCUGCUGCCGGAGGGUAUGCAGCUUCCUAGCCAGCAUGACACCAGUGACGUCAAGUGGGCCGUGGUCCUAACACGAGCCGAUGCUGCUGCAGCUAAGACUCCAGCAGAGCUGAAUCAUUUCCUACCAGCUUGGCCUGCUGGCAGCGUGACAGCAGCUGAAGAGCAGGAGAGAAUCAUGCAUCGCCAGAAGCUCGAGCGCUUGAGCUACUUGAGUGUCAUCGCUCAGAGCGACGACGAUGUCCUUGUCCAAUCGGCUUACGAGAGCCUAGCAGCUGCAGAGGAGCAAGCUCAUGCAUUGAGGUCCUUGGUUGGUCGCUUGUACGCUGACAAGAAGCUCUUGGCCCGCGAUGUGGGCCAUGAUGGCAACUGUGGGCUCUGGGCCACAGUGGCUCUUCGUUCUGGUUCGCCAUUCAUGGCAAUCACCUCGGAUCAGGGUACGCGGGAUGAGAUGACUGCGAUGCGGGCAGCCAUCGCAGCCAAGUGGCGCUCCUUAGCCGAGGAUGCAAGCCUUGCGGAGGCACAGGCGUGGCAUCAGCUCUUGUGCCACUGCGUUCCUGACACUGUAGAGCCCGCGUGUCCUGUGAAGUUCGAGGGCUCCAUCACGAAACCCAUGAAGUCCGAGCCAGGCAUUGAUCCCUUAGAUCCUGGCGAGCUGACCCCCAAGCGUCCGGACACAGCCGCGCAAGAGGCUUACGCUAAGCAUACACCACCGAAGCUAAGCCGGACGCAGAAGCAGUUCAUGGGCGCUGGCCUCAUACGUGCGAGGCCUGAGUCUGGUCCUAGUGUUCCUGUCAAAGCAGAGGCCUCGGCUCAGAUGGUGCAUGUCAAGGCAGAGCCUAUCUUGGGCGACUUGCCCCAGGCUUCCAAGAAGCGAGGUCGGUCAGCAGUGAUGGCUUGCCCCAAAGAUGCCAAGGACACCGAGGCCAAGAAGGCCAAAAGUCGGCAGCAGCAGGUCAUGAAGAGUGCACGCGGCCAUCUCGCCAUACUGGGUUUGACUGCCAGCGAGCACUGCAAAGCCCACUGUCGCAAGGCUUUUCUGAAGGGUGCGCCGGAUUGUGGCAACGGUGGCUGGACUCAACUCCUGCAGGAGCUGCUGAAAGGCAAGAUGCCGGAGGGUUGCACGACAUGCUCGCAGUUGCUUCAAGGGGCCAAGUUCGAUAUGCAGAGCUUCCGAGCCAGUGUCACUGGCCUGCCCGUGACACAUGAUGAGCCUGAUGCGCCGGCGCUGCCAUGUGAGGCCGAGCCGUCGGCGCUGGUAGCUGUCCCUGUCAAGGAGGAGUGCCCAGAGCCUACGGACGCCGUGGUGCCACAGGACACCGCUGAGGAUGUGAUCAUCGAUGCUAGGCGCAUCGUGGAGGAGCAUCCUUUGCUGACGCUGCUGCCUGAACAUAGCAUGAGCAAGCGAUACCCCGUGGAGUGUAGGAUCUGCCGGCGCAAGGGAAGCGGCAAGCUGGCAGUCUUCGACCUCAUCAAUCCUUCCAAGCGGCGGUUCAUAGACCAACACCUCAACGGGCCCACUCAUCUGAGGAAUCUUCAGCAGCACCAGCAGCAGCAGUCGCGACAGUCCUCUCGACUGCAGGGCUCCUCUGGUGGCUCAUCCGGCUGCCAGCAGCCUCUGCCUUUGCAGGAUGGAAGUGCCGGCGAGCAACCCGAUCCGGGGAUUGUGCCGAGGAAGUGUGAAGGCUUCCAGGUUGGAAAGGUCUCAGCUUCCAAACUCAGUGAUCUGGAAGACCCGUUCAAGCUCUGGGCAACCUACAACGUGCUCAGCUCUGUGCAGCACUUGCACGACGCCCAAGGCACGAACCACCACUACAGCCAAAGCAUGAACACUGGCUCCUACAUCAUCAGGCACCACCACUGCGAAGGUCAGAGCUCAGGCCGAGAGGAUCCCGACCAGCCCGCAAUGUGCAGCAGGUGUGCAAGCCUCGGGAACGACAGAGCCAUCGUCCGGAUGAUACAGCGUUACUUCGUCAAACACACGGCUGCACAUCUUCUGGCAGCCCGUCUCUUCGAGCCUGAUCAGGUGGAGGCGGUGAUAGCUGAUGCCAAAGCUAGUGCCGUCUAUAGCUUGCGCCAGUCAGAAUUAGACGAGGUCUUCGCUCUGACUAGCCCGCUCCUCCAGAAGUUCGUGCGCUCCCAGUUCAUGUCGAUACCACCCGGCAACUGGAGCAAGGCCACACGAGACCUCGUCUCCUCUCUGGUGCAGCCGUGCUUGAAGGUGCCAGCGAGCACAUGGGACUCUAGAGUGCUGGACCCCACCUGCUCCGUCCGUGUGCUCGCCGACAAGAUGCGAUCGGGCACAUUGUCCACGGUCUCCGAGGUGAAUCUGAAGCUGGCCUGCCACGUAGCUUCCGGGGCACUAUCACACCAUCCGAUGGUGCAAGGCAUUCUUGUUGCGACCAUAGAGCAGGCAAGAAGAGCAAGCCGUGGCAGCAGCAACAUGCGGAACCCACGCCUGUCUGACUUGGAACUCAGCAUGAUGUCUGAGGCGGGAGUGGCCAUGUCUCUGGCGGCCAGCAACCUUCAGCUCAUUCGUGAGUUCGGGCUGGCGAUGAGUGAGAACUGCUUGCUCAUCGACAGUCACCUUGCAUGGCCGCCCGCUGCUGAUGGCAGCUCCAGAACACCAAGCCGCCGCUGCCUCACCCUUGGGUUUGACAAGACGUACAUCUUGAAGGGGCUCGACAUCAUCCAGGUUCCAGCCGGCAAAGCCUACGUGGGUACGGCCUUCAGGGUGUCCAGCUUGCACGAAGCCAGGGACGCUGAUCCAACUCUGGAAUCCGGCGGGGACACAGGCUUGCUUCUGCUGAAGUCUACGCCUGCUGCCGAGCCUGGCGAGCCGGAGACUGUCCAGGCCGACAAGACCUGGGACGCUGCACAACUCACCUUCGCCCGAGAGCUAUGCGAGUUCCUGAUAUGGGACCCAACACUUGCUAGCCUUCCGCGUUUCUCGGCAUGCAGCAUACCCACCUCCUAUCAGUCCGAUGCCGCCGAGAUGCUGGAGAUGCUAGGGCGUGUCCUCCAGAAAGCCAGCAGAGUCAAGACCGUCACAUGCGACAACGCAUCCCAACACUCCUUGAUAAAAGCCUUCCUUUUAGGCACUCCGACAGGCAUGUCCCAGGCCCGCAUCCAGGCUCUGCCAUUUUGGAGGGACGUGGUGUACGUGUCACUGCCAGACUUGUGCCUUCCGAAGUUCGGCUUCAGAAAGCCCCAGAUUCAAGGGCAAACCCUCUUCCUCCUCAACGGGCCCGCGCAUCUCCAAAAGAAUGUAGUCGGGCAGCUUCGCAGCCCAAAGACUCUUCGCUUCGGCCGGUAUUGCUGUGACUUCAGUGCCACGCUGGACUUGUCGAUGCCUCCAGGAGCGUAUCAAGGAUACGACUCGCAGUCGGAUGUGGAGGCAGCUUCCUUCCUGAAUGCAUUUCAUCUGGUAGUGGACCUGCCCUCGAACCCAGACGAGAUCCGCAUCCCCUGGGCGCUCACUGGUGCACUUCUGCUGAACUUGACAGUCUGCCUCGUCACCAGUGCCGUCUUCCACCCUGGCCUCGGCAACUUGGUUCGGCUGGAGAAUGCUCUGACUGCUUAUGUCCUCCUGGACUUGGGCCAGAUGCUGGCUGAAGCUUCCAAGCUGCGGGGCUUGGCGAAAGGGAGCUCUUGGCUGCACCCGGUGACUCAGCACAACCUCCAGCAGCUUUGCGGGUGCAUUGCAGUCAUCACCACGAGCGAGAGCGGCACCCUGCUCCAUCGUUCAACAGAGCUUCCACUGGAGCAGUGGUUUGGGUUUCUGCGUACACAGUAUGCGUCCAGUCAAAUGACUGUUCGGGACUACUUGCAUGCCUCAUGCAAGAAGAUGUACCAGUUCUCCCAGCGCCUGAGCAAGGGCGGAGCCAGCCAAGUCCCUCUUCAGUCCGGCAGUCCCGUCGAUGAUGAGGCUUAUGCCAGCUGCGCCCGCAAGGCCCUGGACAGUGCACUGCAGUUGAUGGCCUGCUGUGCCGACGAGACCGUGCCUGCUCUUUUGAAGAAGUACGUGGCCUUCUCCGGCAGGCAGCUGCAGCCCUCUUCGGCGCAAGAGCCUGUGCAACAUCAAGCUGAGGACGCUGAGGGCGUAGAGGACUUUGUCGAGGACGAGGAUCCGGCCCCGCAGGUGCACAAGAACUCCGAGGAGGCAUCCGAUCCAGAUCUUCGUGGCGGUGAUGCUGAGUGUUUUCAGCUUCUCUCCCAGAUCCGGGCGAGGGAGGCGGCUGAUGCGGUGAAGCUCGGGAAGGACGACUUGCCGGACAUAGACCCGCUACAUGCGCAGCGAUUGGGAUGCGGCACUAGUCCUCCGCCUGCGGCCUUGGAUCCGGAUUGCUGGGAUGAGCUUUUAUGCGAGAAGGCUACCGGGGAAGCGGCUGAGGCUGUCGGCAGCAGUGGCUACAGGACCAAGCGGACGGAUGAGGUGCUCACUUUGACACAGGCUCUGCAGGAAACUCGUGUGGCAGGCGAGCUGCGUGGCAACAUCCAGCCGGCUACGCGCUGGCUCUGGAUCCUCCUGGUAAACCUUCGUGCGCCGGCUGACGCGCACGUGCUGCCAGACCCAGCCCGUGCGCGCAGACGCAGGAACAAGUUGAAUUGGCACCAGCAUCAUGAGAGGGAACUCGCCUUGAUCCGUGCCCAGGUCGGGGCGCCGUGCAAGCGCACCAGCAGAGCUGCUGCCUGGAGGACCGUGGCGGCUGCGCUCAAGGAGCAGGUAGCGGCCACUGAUGCCGAGGAAGUCGUGCAGCUGGCAUCGGGUAUGAUCGUGUUAACAUCGCCGCCUGGACUGCAGAGGUGGUUCGUCGGCUGCGUGUUGUCACUCUGGAGAUCGACCCCUCGUGGAUGCAAGGCCACCCACCUCCCCACGCCCGUGGAGAGCCUGCGGUGCUGCAGAGUCGCCUUGAUGGACCCGGUGGCAGGUGCUGCUGAAGGCUUUUUCGAGGUCAGUGCCACAUCGGAGGUCGCCGUGGUGGCCAUGUACCGGGUUGGGCUGGUGCUCCAGACUCAGGUGACUACGCCUGGAGUGGAUGGCUUUCGCUGUCGCCUGACGGAUCUCUCCUUGGAGUGUGUGCAGCGAGCACACGAGAAGACUGAUUGGCCCGCUGGCUUGCAAGACAAUCUGCCCGCACAGACAUCGCCUGAGACUCCGAUUCCGGGCACGCCACUUCCUGGAACACCGAAGCCGAAGACUGCGAUUCCUGGCACGCCACUUCCUGGGACACCGAGGCCGAAGAAGCUAGAGGCCCAGCUGAAGCAAGGGCUAAUCGAUCACCUGGCGAUCAAGGCGAAAGUGUCCAGCAAGAGCAAGGAGAUUCCCGCGCUCCCUGGAAACUUCACCCGGACGAAGAAGGGCAGCCAGCUCAUCGAGCAGGAGAUGCGGAAGCUCCUAGAGCUGGAUGCCAUUCAUCAUGCCAAGCGGCCGCUUCUGACGCCAGAUGGCAAGUUCAGGAUGAAGGACCAGAAGGGCCUCCCGAUCGAGGGCCCCAGCUGGGAUGACAUCUGCGCAAGGACUCCCAACUGGUUCAGCAAACGGUUCGAGAAGAUCCGGAACAAGGAUGAGUUUGGUCGGGCAGUGCACAGCAAGUUCGUCGCCCUAACAGGCCAGCUUAGCUCCGAGGGGCAUAGCCGGACCGAGUUCAUCACGAUGAUCUACGACAUCAUCCAAGGAACAAUCGGCACUGUCGCCGAAAGCAGUGCCCCCUGA